AUGGCUCGACGACAACGUUCUCAACAACCCCAUUCUGCUACUUUUGACUUUCCAGACGUACCUCCUGUUCCACCUAUUCCUCUAGAAAUCCUCUCCAUGGUUCCGUCUUCCGGCUCCUCGAAUUCCACGGGUUCGAAUUCAAAGUCAAAGUCGGGCUCUCCGACAUCACCUUCUCGACGAGGAGAACAAGCACGGGCUAGCACCUCCCCAGUAUCUCCUACGUCACCCAUGUCUCAACCUCAGCCUUCCUCUUCCCCCGUAUCACCAACUUCUCCGCAGUCAGGACCUUCACCAUCCAAUCUCAACACUUCACAUUCUACCGGAAGCGGAAAUAACGACGUUCUCGCGAGGGAAGACUCUGCCCGGGCACAUGCACGAACUCCGUCUUCGGACUACUAUCCAUCCUGGUUACCGAGGCGGCCUUUGGCCCCACCCCCGCCUGCUUCGACUACCACAACCCUUGCUUUGCGGCGAACACCUCUUCCAUUUCAAGACUCAGAAGACGGCGAAGUGGGUCCCUACGGCGAAGUUACUGAUGCCGAAAUGGAGGGCGGUGCACACAGAGAUGAUGAAGGUGAUAUUGAAGAAGUUGGGCGAACAAAUGGAGAGGGCGAACCCUCCUCCUCUCCAAGCGAGACGGAAUCGGCGUUUGUUCGAAACCUCAGCGGGAGGCGGCCGACUCCUCGUUCCGUAAGAAUCGUUUCACUCCCACAUUCCCCCGCGGGCGCGUCGCCGAGAAAUCCGUCUGCUCUCCAACCCUCUCCCAUCAUCCCUCGAGGAGCUCCUGUCAUCCCCGCCGAAUCCGCUCAUCGUCUACCCUUCCACAAACGUGUCUGGUCACGGGCGACGGGCGCGUUCUCUCAUCGUAGGCAAACCUCGCGACCUGGUCUACCUACAGAGUUCUCCCCUCCACUUCCCGCAAUCCCCUCCGCCCCUGUAACCCCUUCAAAACCAAGACCGGCGUCAGUCCCAACAUCACCGCGACAUGCACCUCCUCAGCCUUUGUCACGUCCUCCCACCCGUACAGGCAUAACUCCAACAUUUACCCAUCCGGCUCUUGACCUCAAACUUCUCCGCUCACCUUCACUGUGGUUCAAGCUCUUCUAUCGUCUUUGGCCAUUUCUCGUUCUAGCUCAUGUGCCCAUACAAAUAUGGUUGGAUUAUACGGCUAUUUGGGUGCUGAUAAGCGUAUCGCGGCAUCCGUCCGAACCUAUAUCCGGUAUCAGUACAAACUCUUCACGGUCAUGGUCUCUCGCGACCGCAGCGUAUCUCUUUUGCUCGGUCGUAUGGUUGUUCGGCAUCGUCAUGAUGUAUGAGGGUAUAUACUGCUUCGUUCGACGCUGGAGAAUCAAACGACCUCUUGUGCUGCCUAUCUAUCUCUCUUCCCCUGCUUUCAACUACGCCGUGAUGACUUCGUAUAGCACGUUCUGCUUUCUGAUGCAAAUCCGAUGGGGUACUAUCGCCCCAGCUGCUUCGCCGCAACCUGCCUCGCCCUCUCGCAGUGCCCAAUCAACAAGCUCGAGGCACCCGAAUGAUCCUUCGGACCCGACAACUAUUGUCCCGGAAAAGGAGUUAGUCGCUGUGUCGGCCCUUCCUUCCAGUUCUGAGUAUGGUGGCUGGAAACAGUUCAUAGCUGAGUCGUGCUGGUUUUACUCGCAGAAUCUACCGACAGUUUCUAUGUUGGUCCCUCGUGCCGGCUUGGUCCUGGCGCUUUUGUUCACUUUCUCGAGCGUUCAGUCUGUGACCAUGGGCACGGCGUCUGAUCCUGCUACUCCCCGCGAUCCCACGUACUUCCGCGUUCAAGAUGGAUCGUUGACGGCUUACGCUCGUGGUGUAUUGAUGGCGAAUGGCAUAUGGGCUGCGUGGCGGAUCCUUCUCGUCCUUCUCAGUUGGAUCGGGCUAUGGUUCCUCAGCGGACAUCUAUGUGGUGGCAUUUGCGGUCCCCGGUAUCGUUGGGAAGAAGAGGAAUAUGGCUAUGGAAGUGAGAAAACAUUUCUGGACGAGAAGUCUGCCUACCCAUAUUCAUUCCACCUGGAAACUCCCACCGGUCUUUCACCGUACGCGCAAACUGGACACGCUAGCCCUUACGCCAGACGCUCGUACCCUAUGCCUCAAACACCGACGGGACACAUGAACAUGAAUGUCCCUUCUUCACCAGUCGUGCCAUCCAGGAUCUCCGCUGCUCGGGAUGCCUAUGCAUUUCACGACGACGGUUUCGACUCCGCAGCGCGAAAAAGACAGGAACGCGGCCCUGGUCUCCCGUGGAAAUGGCGUGAGUUGACGAAGCUAAGAGUGGCGGAGACAUGGGACUUUUGCUUUGUCGCCGUUGCUCCGUUGGCGAAGCAGAGGGGGGUUAUCGGCAAGGAGAGACAGAGGGCGGACGUCGAACGCGGCGUUGAGAGUGGUGAAGGAGGCUUUGACGGGAUUGAACGCGUCCUGGCCGCCGUUGGAUUUCCUAGCUCUCCGGCACCGGCAAGACGAGGAGUGCUGAGGGAUGAUCUGUUCAUAACGCCAGAAGUAGAACAAGAUCAGGGUGUCUCCGGACAGGUUGUGUUGGUAGGUCUUGAGGUUGAGGACACAGACAAAGGCAGGCGAAGCGCCAAGGGAAGCGCUGUAGAGGAAGCUGAGAAGACUACGAGCACAAGCCAAGGAAGUAGUUCGAGAAAAAAGAAAGGUAGAGGGAAGAGGAGGGAAUUACAGGUGUCGCCGUAUCCUUUCGCUGGAGCAGGUGCCCACAUAUCAUCCGAAGAUGAGCCGGUGCCAUUCCCGCCUUCUCCUGGUCUCUCUCAUUCUACGACAGAGGAAGAUGACGAAGUCAAAUCGAGUGAAGUUGAUGAUCCGUCCUCGCCAUCAAGUAGUUCGCGUGUCGUUUCCUCUAGCUCUGAUGCGCGGACUUCUUCCUCUGCCCGAAGACAAACGCUGUCAUCAGAAAGAGCUUCAGAGAGCAUGUCGUCACUCGGCCAACCAGUGAACUCGCGCUAUCCUUUCCAAUUCCGCAGCCCACAUCCCCCGCGUCAUGCAACUGCGCACCACUCCCAUUCGGAAUCACAAUCCACAGGGCCAAGCAGUAAUGCUCGUUCGGGUCGUUCCUAUAUGUCGGCCAGCACUGGCAAUCGCGAAUCCACCGAUUCUUCGAGGCCCAGGUACAGCUUGAGCGAUGCUAGCGCUAGUGCUAGCGUCAGUUUGGCGAGCCCAUUGGGUAGCCCCACUGGAGCCGCAGCGGGUAGAAGGAACAGGCAGAGUUUGGGCACAGAGAGUGCGAUGAGCGGCAGUGGGGUAAUACCGAUGCCACCAAGACAUCCAAGAGGCAGAGGAGGCAGAGGGAGAUCUGGCAGUAUCCCUUCGAACUUGGGAGAGGCUCAAGUAUUGAGCUAUUAUAGUUCAGCGCUCGGAUCCCCCGUAAGCCCAGAUAUGGAGAAUCCCCCGCCAUCACCUACGCAUUCUCUAUCUUCCCCGGGCGACGACGAAGAAAAAGAUCCACAAGGUGCCGCUGACCUAAGUAAAGAGGACAUUCACGAAGUCGAGGACGAGGGCGCACAUGGUGCUGAGAGUGAGGAUGUCGUUGGACUUCUUGGACAACCUACUGCUGGUGGUCUGAGUCCAAAGUCUUCCUUCACGGCGCUGCGUCACCGAGGCAGCAGUACGCUGUCUUUGACUGCGCAACUUCAGCAACAUCGGUCGAGGCGGUCCGGCAGCAGGUCGGCGACAAAUUCGAUUUCCGGACAAUCUUCAUCUGGGUCAUCACCCCGCUCGAGAGCCGGGUCAAGUUCAAGAUCGAGAGCCGGGUCGAUGAUAUCCGUCCAUGUACGCUCGCGGACCCAGAGCUUGUUGCACGGUCUUGGGGCCGCUUCACAUUCCUCAUUGGAAUUGGUGCAUGCCACUUUCGGCGGUCGCUCCAGAGCAAAUUCUUCCAUGGCUAGACUCGAAGAAGAUGCAGGAGGUGAAUCAGAUGACAUCCAAUCUGGUCGUCCGUCAAUGACAAGAGAGCGGGGAUGGGCGGAACGCGCUCAACGAGAGGAUGCUCAAACCCAUUCCAGGAGUGGCAGUGGCAAUAUCAGCGAUGCCGUGAUGAGUAGUGUUAGCGGAAGCACAAGCGCUGGAACCAGCGGGGGAGAGAAUUAUACAUUUGGACAUCCUCUGAGGACCCAGUGGCACGAUCCCGAACAUCCCGAAUCGCCAGCCGGCCAUGGCCAACCAUCUCCGAUCCCGGAAUCGCCUCGUGCUGAAAGUCCGACAACAUCAGCAGGUGCAUUGAAUGUACCGCAUCAAGUCGAAGCCAGGUCUUCGCACACCAGUCUGAUGACUGCGACUUCCCCGCCUUCGCUCGACGAAGGAACCGUGUCGUAUUUGACUCCACGCCAGCACUCGGAGGAACCCGAUGAUCAUCCACGGUCGAGGAACCUGUCCAUGAGCCUUCCAAUCCCUAUUCCUGGGCGUCGCGUUGCAGAGCAUGAGCAGAUCCCCGGUUCGGUGGAUAUGAUUAGCACGGCAGAUCAGAGCUUUGUCACGGCUCCAGCGACUAUAACGGGCCACACGACUGACUCUGGGGAGGCGAGGACGGUGUCGAGUUGGGGUGGAGGAGGCGCGGCAGGUCAUGGUCCUCGCGAUUUGAGCCAGCCAGGUGCAUGGGGCCCAGCAUGA